AUGUUCUCGUUCACCCGCCUUCUCAUCGCCGUUGCUCUUGCCACCGCCGCGCUCGCAGGGGAACCCACGACCACCGUGACCGUGACCGCCACACCCACGGCUACGUCCGUCAGCCAGUGCAACGUCUCCGGCAGUGCGCAGUGCUGCCAGACGACUACGACCGCUGGGUCCACAGUGGGUGCUGCUGAGCUCGCGCUCCUCGACAUCGUCGUAACCGAUCUCACCUCCAUCAUCGGGAUCGGCUGUAGCCCGUUGACUGUCGGUCAGUCCUGCAGCAGCACGCCCGUGUGCUGUGACGAGAAUGGCAUUGGCAACCUCGUCUCUAUCGGUUGCGUGAACAUCGUCCUGUAG